AUGUAUAAAGGUCUACUUUUAUUUCUCCUGACUUGGACAGACUUACAGGCUGUAAGUGCGUUCCCUUAUAAUUAUGGAUAUGACGGUCCUCGGCAUCGUCAUCAUCAUGGAAGUCAAAAGCGUGAUGCUGUGCACUGUCCUUUCCCGUAUGCCGAGAAAAUGGUCGCCGUAACACCGAAAGAGGGAAAUGCUGGUUGGGCCAUUUCUCCUAAUCAGUACUGUACCUCAGGUUCUUGGUGCCCAUAUGCUUGUGAACCAGGUUAUGUUAUGGGUCAAUGGAGCCCUCAAGCAACUUCUUAUUCUUAUCCCGAGUCUAUGCAUGGAGGACUUUACUGUGACCAUGAUGGUAAUGCCGUAAAACCCUUUGGGGACAGGGACUACUGUUACCCGGGAGUUGGCAAUGUUUUUGCAAUUGAUAAAACUGGGGAAGGCGUUUCCUUUUGCCAGACCGUUUUACCUGGUAACGAAGCUAUGCUUAUACCAACUUGGAUCUCUGCUGAUUCGGAGCAAGUCUUGGCUGUCCCCGAUGCUUCUUAUUGGGUUAGUACUGCUGCUCACUACUAUAUCAAUCCACCCGGUGUUUCUACAAAUGAAGGCUGUAUAUGGGGUACUUCCGAGAAACCCUACGGAAACUGGGCUCCCUAUGUAGCAGGCGCUAACAUGGAUGAAAACAAUAUUACUUAUGUGAAGUUGGGUGCAAACCCAAUUUAUUUGGAUGAUCCCUAUUGGUCUACUAUUAAACCAAGCUUUGGAUUAAAGCUGGAAUGUGAGGGUGAUACCUGUUCCGGAUUACCAUGCUAUAUAGAUCCUCGUGAGAAAGGUGUGCAAGGAUGCCCCGAUGGAAGUCCUAAUGGAGCAGGAAAUGCAUGUUUUUGCGUGGUUGGUUUUCAACCUGGAACAAAAGCUCGAAUCGUUGUGGUAGACUAUAGUGAUCAAAAGACUUCAUCCUCAUCUGUGUCGUCUUAUAUUUCUUCACCUACUUCAACGCCAGUUAUUGCUUCAAGCACCUCGAUUAACUCUAGUGCAUUUUCGUCUUCGUUUUCACCUACUUCUGGCUUUUCCACGUCCAUUCAAACUAUAAGCAAUCAAUCGAAUACUCAGGCUUCGACUUCAUAUGUUUCUUCAAUGCCUACACCUCACAUUAAUGUUACUCAAACUCUCCCUAGCGAUUUCUCCUCUUCUAUUCCAUCUUCGGAUACCCAAACGAUUAAUCAAAGUCUGUCAUCCAUGACUACUGCUCAUACUAGUACCACUGAUUCAGGAAAGGAUGGUUAUCAUAAAGCUAGCGGUGAGAUAUCAUCAGAAAAAACUGUCUCUCCUACCAGCUUUGCAAAUGUCAAUGCGGCUAAUCAACUAAUGACCAACCAGGGCAGUCAGUCAAAUACAUCCGAAGAAAAAUUUCGUCCUAACAGCUCAAUCAUAACGGCGACAAACAGUUUUGGAAUCGAUCAAUCCGAUAUUUCCAAUAGUGGAUGGUCUACUCCUACCAAUGUUCCAAUGGACCCAGCAACGACCAAAAACUCACCCAAACAUGGUCCAUCUAAAUCUAGUAAAAGCGAGGAAAAAACUGUUUCAGGAAUUACAACGUCUCCUACUAGCGCAAGUGCCAAUAUUUUUCUCACUACAGUAACUUCCUAUUUGAACUCCGCUUCCCCAGUUGUUCACACUUUUGAUGGACAAGAAACAACAACUACUACGUCGGUGUCCGUUCAAAAUAUGCAUGCUAAAAUUCAAACUGCCGUUCCUACGCUAGUAGUUUCUGAAAUGGUACAUGAAACGACGACCCAAUAUGUUUAA